AUGCUGAAGGAAUCGAUGGAAGUCAUCAUUUCCGCGUCAGGAGAAUCUCCACAUGAUGGCAUCGAAGCAGCUCUGGCGAAUGCGUCUUUGCAGGACUUAGAUGGUGAUGAGCAGGAUGUAUCGACUCCGUCUUCGUGCAGUGCUACACCCCCUUCUGUAGUGAAGGCCAAAGCGGCUCCCAUGCGUCGCUACAAAGUGAAGGCUCCUCAGGCCCCAAACCCUGAUGAGAUGGAAACGCAACAGCUUGUUGAUGACUUGGAAAAGCUCAUGAAUGAUGACCUUGUGUGUGACGAUGCUGCCCCAGAGGUGGCUGUGGAUCCCAAGGUGGAUGGUUACCGUCGUCAAGCUGCCAAGGAGAUGCAUUGCAUGGAAGCUAUUCCACCGGAGAUGCCCGACAAGACCGACCUUGAAAUGACUGAGCUCAUGGAGAACCCCCCUGAUGCUUACCAGGCACAGCUGGUGGCCGAGAAGGCAAAGAAGAUUCAGAAUGCAGAGCAGCUCCUGAAGAAUGCACAGAGUGAUGGGAAGGUGAAGAACAAGUUCUCGAAACCCGGUCGGGGGCGUGGAAAGGGUCGUGGGAGAGGCCGUGCUGUUGACAAUUCCGUGGCUGAUCCCAAACCUUCUGAACCUGCUGGUGAGAGCAAUGGGAAUGAUCCAAUCCCUGAACCAGAAGGGGGAGGUUCCGACUCUGGUGAGCCUGCUGGUGGGGACCCCAACAUUGAAGUGGCACCUAAAAAGGGGCGCAACUAUCUUACUCAGAGUGAAUUGCAAAAGAUGUGGUCUGAGAAGGCUCCCUUGCUUCGAGCGGCAGCUAUUCCUGUGCCUGCUGACUUUGACCCCACCAGCAAGAAGUCCUUCACAUUGCCCCCUCCAGAUGAUAAGAAAUGCGGGUCUGUAGGCAUUCUGUGGACGUUGGAUCAGAUCUACGUCUCAGCUGUGACCAACAAGGAAGCUGAUGAGUCCAUCCGGGUGAACAAGAAAGGAGGGUCGACGUUGUCAAUUCGAAAGAAGGGCUGGGCUGAAAACUUUACCUUAGCCAAGAAACUGGCAGGUUGGUGA